UGCUCUUUCCUGUUGGGAAUAAAACGCCAGAGGCUCAGCUUCCUGCCUUUCUGCAUGUGGUCUUGGGGAGAGAGGAGGCAGGCUUCUGGACUGGGAGGUGGGACUGAGGCUUCCUUGGAAAGGGGAAUUCUGCUGCAUGCAGAGGCGUGACCCAGAGCCACCUAGGCCCUGGGAGAGAGUGGAGGGAGUGCCCAGCUCUGCUGUGAGGACUGGGGGAGAGGGCCAUCCUCAAGGCCAACGCUGUUUGCGGAGGAGGGAGAACUGGCCGCCUGGUCAAGCCUGCCCAGACCCUUGCCCGGACUCCUACCUCGGUUCUGGCUCCUCCAGGGCCUAAAAUGGACCCCACAGCCAAGGACGACAUGCAUCCUUCACUUCCUCCUGGGCCAGAGUGGCCGGAGCAGGAGAGGGCGGAGCAGCUGGCCCGGGGUGCAGCACUCAAGUGGGCCUCAGGCAUCUUCUACCAGCCGGAGCAGCUGGCCAGGCUGGGCCAGUACCGCAGCCGUGAGGUACAGCGCACCCGCUCCCUGGAAGCACGCAUUAAGUCAGUGGUGCAGUCAUACCUGGAGGGUGUGAAAACUGGUGUGUGGCAACUGGCACAGGCCCUCGAGGCUGUGCAAGGAGCCCGUGAGGCCCUGGGCCAGGCCCGUGGGUUGCUCCGGGGCAUGGCCAAGGCUGUACAGACCCUAGAGCCCUUGCGGGAGCAGGUUGUCCAACACAAGCAACUGCAGGCCCUGUCUCAGCUGCUGCCCCGGCUGCGAGCAGUGCCGGCUGCAGUGGUCCACGCACAGACCCUGAUUGAUGCCCAUCAGCUCUUGGAGGCAUAUGUGAGCCUUAGGGAGCUGGAGCAGCUGCAAGAGGAGACAUGGGCCUCUCUGGGGGAUCUGGAGUUGCCAGUCUUUGAGGGGCUGGGCCCUCUGGCUGAGGCACUGGGCCAAGCUGUGGAGGCAGCUGUAGGAGCUGCAGGGCAGCUGGCCCGGGAGGACCCAGCCCUGUUGGUGGCUGCUGUGCGCGUGGCGGAGGUGGAGGCUGGCAGAACAACCUCCCUGGAGCAGGGCCCCCGGGACUGGCGGCAGCGCUGUCUGCGAGCGCUAGAGGAGGGCCUAGAGCGGGUCCACUUUGGGACGCCUCUGCUGCCUGGACCAGGGGCCCUCGCAGGGUGGCUGGAGGCUCUGCGGGUGGCUCUACCAGCCGAAUUGGCCACAGCGGAGGCACUGAUCGCACCCUGCUGCCCACCACACUACAAGGUGGUCCGGCUGUGGGCCCACACCCUGCACGGCGGCCUGCGGCGCUGCCUGCAGCAGUUCCUGGAAGGGCCCGAGCUGGGAGCCUCCGACGCCUUCACCCUGCUGCACUGGGCGCUGCACGUCUACCUGGGGCCAGAAAUGAUGGGGAGCCUGGAAUUGGGGCCGGAGGCUGAUGUGUCUCAGCUGGAACCUCUCCUGACCCUGGAGAAUAUCGAGCAGCUAGAGGCAACAUUUGUAUCCAAAGUCCAGGCAAGUGUGGUGCAGUGGCUGCAGAAGGCACUGGAAGGGGAAGUGGCUGAAUGGGGCCGGGAGCGGGAGCCUGACACAGAUCCAUCCGGCUUCUACCACUCACCAAUGCCAGCCAUCGUGCUGCAGAUCCUGGAAGAAAACAUUCGAGUGACCAGCCUGGUCAGUGAGUCACUGCAGCGGCGGGUGCACGGCAUGGCACUGUCAGAACUGGGAGCGUUCCUGAGGAGCUUUAAUGAUGCUCUGAUCCGAUUCUCCCGAGACCACCUCAGAGGGGAAGCAGUGGUCCCUCAUUACGUGUCCUACCUACUGGCUGCCCUCAACCACCAAUUGGCACUCAGCUCCUCCGUGUCCGUCUUGCAGCCCGAAGGGGUGGUCUCAGGGGCCUUGGCUCCGGUGGAGGCAGCGCUGGACGAGUUGCAGAGGAGGAUCUGCCGGCUGGUGCUGGAGGCGCUGUUGCUGGAGCUCCAGCCCCUGUUCGCGACUCUGCCCUCGCGCCGUUGGCUGUCGAGCCCCGAGCUGCUGAACAAUGUGUGCGAGCGGACAGCGCGCUUCUGCCAGAACUUCUGGCGUGUUCGGAACCCCGCAUUCCAGGUGCUCCUGGCCGAGACGGAGCGUGCGGUGGUGCUGCAGUACCUACGUGCGCUGAUGCAAGGCCGCCUAGUGUGCCGCGGUGCGGACGAGCGGAACCAGGCAGCCGAGCGCCUGCAACAGGAUGCCACCCAGCUUCGGGAUCUUUUCCUCGAUUUGGGCCUGGAAGAGAGCGCUCACUGCGCGCCGGUGCUGCUCACCCUAAGGGACCUGGGAGGGAUAGGGCGGGGGGCUGAUGCAUCGCUGUGGUCCCCCCUUAGCGAGGAACAUGUCUCUGCCCUCUUGGACCUGCGCGGGGACGUGUCCCGAGAGCAGCGCCAAGCCGCACUCAGCUCCCUGCAGGACGGCCUGCAGCCCUCGCCCCGCGCGGGGCGCCGCGCACUCUUCAGCCUUGUGCCAGCACCUACACCUUCUCCAUCCUCCUGCCUCUUCUCGGGGUCCUGUGCCUGACUCUCACCUCCUCGCAGAAUAAAGCUGUGUGCCCGCUCCCCCCACCACCACCCCC